AGCAUCUGUCCAUCUAUCGCCAGUCUCUAAUGAUAGGACUCCGAGCUGCGGCCCGGAAGCCCACUAAUUUGGCUAAGGUAAGGGAAGUACUACAGGGACCAGAAGAGACGCCCUCUAUGUUUUUGGAGAGAUUAAUGGAAGCAUAUCGUAGGUACACCCCAUUUGACCCCCAAUCAGAGGGGCAAAGAGGUUCAGUGUCUAUGGCUUACAUAGGACAGUCCGCCCCCGAUAUCCGCCAUAAGCUACAGCGCUUGGAGGGGCUCCAAGACCUGACAUUGCGGGACUUGGUAAAGGAAGCAGAAAAGGUGUACUAUAAAAGGGAGACAGAGGAAGAGAAAGAGCAGCGAAAAGAAAGGGAACGAGAGGAAAAGGAAAAGCAGCGGGCAGCUGAGAGAGAGGAGCAGGAAAGAAAAAAGGAACUAGAAAGGGAGGAACGGGAAAGUGCUAGAGAAAAGAAAAGAAACCAAGAAUUAGCAAGAAUUUUGGCUGCUGUGGUAGAUAAACAAGAAGGUAAAAGAGUCGGGCCAGGCCGGCGGUGCCGGCCUCCCUUAGACUCAGAUCGAUGUGCUUACUGCAGGGACAAGGGACACUGGGCGAGAGACUGCCCCAAGAAAAAAACGAUGCCUCCCAAAUCUAGCACAGCCACCGCUUUGGCCCUAAAGGAGGAGGAUGAUUAGGGGCGUCGGGGCUCAGAUCCCCUCCCCGAGCUCAGGGUAAAUUUUAACGUGGAGGGGACCCCCAUAAAUUUCGAAGUUGACACGGGAGCAGUCUAUUCAGUGCUGCGGGAGCCCUUGGGUCCCCUGUCCAGCAAGAGAUCGCUGGUGCAGGGGGCUAACGGCAGUCAAUAUCGGCCGUGGACUACGAAACGGACUAUGGACUUGGGUAGGGGAAAAGUUCAGCACUCCUUCCUAGUCAUCCCUAAUUGUCCGGCUCCACUAAUGCGGAGAGAUUUGCUUACCAAAUUAAGGGCUCGAAUAACCUUUGAACCGGCUGGGCCCCGAGUGGAGUUUCUAAAUCCCAUAGUAGACGCUCCAGUGGCUACGGUAUUGACCAUGUCGGUGGAAGAUGAGUACCGACUCCAUGAAAAGCCAAAAGAAACUAAAGAAUUAGAAAUUCAAACCUGGCUUACUGCUUAUCCUAACUCUUGGGCAGAAACGGCGGGAUUGGGGCUGGCUGUAUGUCAGCCCCCGGUGGUCGUCAUUUUAAAAACCAGUGCAGGGCCGGCGCCGCGGCUCACUAGGCUAAUCCUCCGCCUAGCGGCGCCGGCACACCGGGUUCUAGUCCCGGUCGGGGCGCCGGAUUCUGUCCCGGUUGCCCCUCUUCCAAGCCAGCCCUCUGCUGUGGCCAGGGAGUGCAGUGGAGGAUGGCCCAGGUGCUUGGGCCCUGCACCCCAUGGGAGACCAGGAAAAGCACCUGGCUCCUGGCUCCUGCCAGCGGAUCAGCGUGGUGCACCGGCCGCAGCGCGCCGGCCGCGGCGGCCAUUGGAGGGUGAACCAAUGGCAAAAGGAAGA